GCUGGGAUAUGUAGUCUGGCCGGGACUUGGACGCCCCCUCGGAUGAAUGGGGCCUGGGCUGACUGAGAACUACAGCUCCUCGGCUGGCAGCGUGGGUGGCGGCCUCAGGGGAAGGGGGAACCGCCUCGGCCCCGGGCAAGAGCCGCGCUCCCGGACCGCGGGCAUGUCCAUUGCCGCCUUCCUGGGGUAGCAGCAUAGGCGGGCUCCUCCUCCGCGCUCGCUCCCCUGCCCCCGCACCGGCCAUGCGCCCGGCCUUCGCGGUGGGCCUGGUAUUCGCAGGCUGCUGCAGUAACGUGAUCUUCCUAGAGCUGCUGGCCCGGAAGCAUCCAGGAUGUGGGAACAUCGUGACAUUUGCACAGUUCUUAUUUAUUGCUGUGGAAGGCUUCCUCUUUGAAGCUGACUUGGGAAGGAAGCCUCCAGCUAUCCCAAUAAGGUACUAUGCCGUGAUGGUAACCAUGUUCUUUACUGUCAGCGUGGUGAACAACUAUGCCCUGAAUCUCAACAUUGCCAUGCCCUUGCACAUGAUAUUUAGAUCUGGGUCCCUAAUUGCCAACAUGAUUCUGGGAAUUAUCAUUUUAAAGAAAAGAUACAGUAUUUUCAAGUAUACCUCCAUUGCCCUGGUGUCUGCAGGGAUUUUUCUUUGCACUUUCAUGUCAGCAAAGCAGGUGACUUCCCAGUCCAGUGUGGGUGAAAAUGAUGGAUUCCAGGCCUUUGCAUGGUGGUUACUAGGCAUCGGGGCACUGACUUUUGCUCUUCUAAUGUCAGCAAGGAUGGGUAUAUUCCAAGAGACUCUCUACAAACAAUUUGGGAAGCACUCCAAGGAGGCCUUAUUUUAUAACCACGCCCUUCCACUUCCUGGUUUCAUCUUCUUGGCCUCUGAUAUUUAUGACCAUGCAGUUCUAUUCAAUAAGUCUGAACUCUAUCAAGUUCCAGUUGUCGGUGUGACAGUGCCCAUCAUGUGGUUCUACCUCCUCAUGAAUGUUAUUACUCAGUAUGUGUGCAUCCGGGGCGUGUUCAUCCUCACAACAGAGUGUGCCUCCCUCACCGUCACGCUUGUUGUGACUCUACGCAAGUUCGUGAGCCUCAUCUUUUCCAUCCUGUACUUCCAGAACCCUUUCACUCUGUGGCACUGGCUGGGCACCUUGUUUGUCUUCAUUGGGACCUUAAUGUACACAGAAGUGUGGAACAAUCUAGGAACCACAAAAAGUCAGCAGCAGAAGGCCGACAAGAAGAACUGAUGUCUGCCUGGAAGAUGACCAGUGUUGUGUGCAGGAGGCCUCCGCCCUUUUGCUUCGGUUAACACUGAAUCACCCCCAGGAAGGAACCAGUCAUACCCCAGGGAUUACUGAGAAGGAGGGGACCGUUUUCCGUUUCUCAUGGCCAUCCAAACAAAGUGUGUAGACUCUGAAUAGACAUCCCUUAACCCUAAAAUUAGGAAAAAGAGUAGUUCUGUAUUAUCACACAGAUCAUUCGUUAUUUGUUUUUGUUAACCAGGAUAUUCAGAACUGUGCUUGUUUGUUAAAUUCCAAGUCCCUAGAGCUGUGAGUCUUAUAUCUGUCAUCUCAGACAGGAUCAUGCCUUUGUUACUGUUCUGACAUUCUCUGCCAUAAUAAUCAUUUGUUAUCCCAUCCCCUUUUUCUCCUGCCACCCCCUCCCCCAUUCUUCAGCAGCACUUUGCAGUUUGUUAGGUACUCCAGGCACCAUCUUCCACUGACCAACUGAGUGGCCCAGCAAACUCUGAGCCCUGGUGACACUGAAGCAUACUGGAAGACCCCCUUUACUACAUUUUGCUUUUUUUCCCCAUACGUAAACACCUGUUGCAGCCCGACAGCGUCUCAUGUCUAUUUCUCUCAGUGCAAAUACCUCUGCUGGUCUUAUUAUUAUAGGAUAUUUACGGACAGAUACCAGGUCAGAGCACAACAAAAUGAGUGCUCAGAAAGCUGAAGGCCUGCGCUGUGUGAGCUGGGUUUUCUCUCUGGCGGUUGGAUAUAAGGAAAUAGAUAAAACAGCUACCAGUUAAUACUAUUUAAAAAUAAUUUAUUACCCUUAGUUAACUGAUUUUUCAAUCCAGGUUGAAACUUUUUUUCAACCUUUAUUAAAAGGGCGAAUAAACCAUUUUAUAGAACAUUAGACUCAUUUAACAGGAGGAGACAUCUCUUAAAUGCCUUUCUCAUUGUCUGUCAGGACUAUAUAAUUUGUGCUUCAGAGAAACAUAGUUUGUUUAUAAAAAUAAUUUAGUGUUUAAGAUAUUCAUAACUCUACCCCAAAGCACAAAUCAGAUGGCAAAGGACACUAGCCAGACCGUGUAAGGUGUGGCGCCUGCGUGCUCCUAUAGCAGCUUGCCUGGUAUAAUAGAUGAGUAAUAGGAGACGUGGUCUUGGGAUUAUACUAAUACCUGCAUAUCCUUUACCAAGACUCUGUUACAUUAUAAAUGCUGUCUUUUUUUAUUGUUUUUGUAAUUUAUUUUUUAUCCUUGGAUCAAACCCAGGCCUUGUCCAUAUUUUUUACUUUAUUUUUCAUCCAACUAAACCAUGAAUACACUUGAUGAGUUUAUGUCUGUUCUAAUGUGUUCAGACACAAUCCCAGCAGUCAAUGCUUUCUUGUUUUCGUUUUUGUUUUCCCUUUCCCUUCUUCCUACCCAGUUGACUAAAAUGAAAUGCUGCAGCACUUUAAUUUGGUCAGUGCUAGAAGUGAGGAAAGCAAGGACAGCUGAGCUGAUCCAUGCCACCUGUAAGCCACCUCUUGUAGGAAGAUGAUGUGGUAUUUUUACAGGAUUCUAAUAAAUGUCUUGUGGUCAUUUGCUGAGCACGUUCUUCUCAUUUUUUUUUUCAUUCACUUUCUACUUUCCAGUUUCUUCACUGAAGCCCCUUUCACAUGUGUUUUCUACUGAGCAAUACUUAUAACUGCAUAUCUAUUUAUGCCUCUGCCUCUAUUUUGGGAGGCCUCUGAGUGUUUUUGUAGAUUUUUACAGGGUAUUUCUACCUGGGUAGCGUGUAUUUUGUUAUGCAUUCUUAUUUUUUUAAGGAAAGGCAUCUGUACAGGUGAGAAGCUGGCAAGAUAUAUGAUUGUAGAUAAGUACAAACUUGAAGGUUAGUGUGGAAAUGUUUGCAUGCUCAGAGUGGGGCUGAGAUCUUGACCAGCAGACAGAGGCUAUCUUUGGAAAACAAUAGUUUUAUUUGGCUCCUUUUACCCUAAACUUUGGCUGGCCUCACUCAACAGGAUCAGAAUUGUGGAGAGGAGAAGUGAAAACUAUUUGACUAGGAAUAACCCUCAACCAGUGAAUUGGCUUUGGAUGUGGGUCUGUUCGCCAGUGGUCCAGUUGGCAUUGAACUGAACAAAUACACAAAUGCACAUGGAGAAGAACCACAUUAUGGACAUCCAAAAGCAAGAUCCUGAAUUUGUUGUAGUUUGUGUGUCUUUGGCCUGGAGCGAAUAGAAUUAUGAGAAUUUUGCCAUUAUUAGAUAAUCAAAGCAUUUUGGUCUCAGUGGCUUUCUGCUAAAAAAUGUGACUGACUCUUACUGAAGGCAUUUCACUGUUAGAUUGAGAGAACUGUCAGUAUAGAUAAAAUGCAUUCUGUAUUACUCUUGAUUGGAGUGAUAUUUGAAAAUGAAUAUAAGCAGUAUUUGUAACCACAGGAACUAUUCAUAAGCCUUAGAAUAUGUUAGAUAUGUCCUUAGAAUAUGUUGGAUGUGUCCAGAGCUGGGACAGGAGCGUGGCCUUCUCAGCCUUGUUGUGUGUUCUUUCUUUCCAGCAUCUUCCUCACUGAAGAUAUUCCAGGGCUGGGAGAGGCCUGUGAUCUGAUUCACUCCUGUAUUGCCAGCCCCUGGCAUAGGGUCUGACUUGUAUGAUAUUCAUUCAUUCAAUGAAGGCUUGUUGAGAUCUCUUCCUCAAGUUUUGAGAAACAGUUCCUGAUGCUUGCUCCACUCUUCAGCUCGUUGGGAAGUAAGACUAUAAGGGAAAACAUUCCAGAGGUUUGAGCAGAGAAAGGAAGGAGGGAUAUUGGGAGAUUAUAUAGCACGUAGCCUGCUACCCAGCCUUUUGCUCUCUUGAAUGCCUGGUGGUAAGAGGGAGAGCAAUAUAUAUCUAGCACCUUACAUAUCUGGUGCUCAGGAAGAAAGUAAGAAGAUACCUAGCAGAGCAGUAAAGGUUGCUGAGGUUUUGAGUGGUUGCCUUGGGUAAUCAGCCCCGCCUCACGUCACCUCCCCUGGUGCAGUGUGUAUUGGCUGCCACUAGUAGAGCAUCUUUAUCUGUCUAUUCUUGGUGUCAUGCUGAGACUUUUCCUGCUUAAACCACUAUCCAAAGGCAGGCUGCAAGGGAACCAAGUACAGGAGCAAAAAGAAAGUUUGACCUGCCUUAAAAGAAACAAGGCCCAGAAUUAAGAGUCAUAAUGAUUCCUUUGACACACAGAAUUAUUUAUAUAUUUUAAGAUGUAGUGAAGAUCCUGUGAACCAAAGAGGGUGGCAGCAGUUAUUCCCCUGCAUCCUAAAAAAAAAAAAAAAAAUCUUUGUCACAUUCACAAGUCAUUUCAUUGCUGUGCUAGUUGCUUUCCUUCCGGAGGAUGGCCUCAUCCUCCAAAGAGGAUGAUUAGACCUACACUCUUCCUUAUGAACUACAGGGUGGGGAGGGCCAGCAAAGAUUUUCUGUGAUCAGCCUCUGAGCCCUUCAUCGAUGUUACAUCUUCAGAACAAAGAUCAGGGUGGGGGUGGCAGCUGAGUUUGUACAGCAGCCAAAAGACAUUAGUGCGUAUUCAGACUUGGAGCUGUGUAAAUAGCAAACGUCGCUCCCAGCCUUGCCAGCUAUUUGAACAGAGAGCUACGGAGGAAAGGGAAAGUUUGUGAAUAAAAUGUUUUGCCAAACUGAAUGAGUCUUUUUACCAUCAAUUAUUGUAAAGGGCCUUUUUUUUUUUUAACCUUCUGAAACAACUCAUCAGACAUUUGGUUUUUAUCUUGGAUUGUAUGAGCAUUGUUUCUUAAUAAAAGUGCUACAUUUCCUGCAGGUGUUUCCAAUCACGAUUACUUUUCAAGGGCCCACAGACGCUUUCAAGGACUCUCCAGAUUUUACCUUGUAAGGUGGUGGCAGAAUUUUUACUGUGAGCCAUUGUCAACAGCCUGUCUUCCUAAGGCAUUGUGGCACAGCUGGAUUGAUAAGAGGUCACUUCUCCAGCUACACUUCUGUUUCUGCUUCAGAAAUUUCAAGUAGAUCAGCCUACUUUUUUGGAUUUCUAGAGGUUCACAGUAGUAAGUUUCUUGUAGCCGGUCUCUCCAAACUGCUUUGAGUAGGCCUGUAGGUUGACUUUUAUAGUGCAACAGUGGCCAGCUCUAUUUUAAUAUGCCACUAUUGCACACAAAAGCCACUCUUAAAGCAGUUUUCCACACCAUUUAUUUUUAAUUAUGGUUUACUAUAGCCUCCAUGUACAGAACAGGAAGAGAGAAAAAUAAAUGAAACAUCUUGCACUAGCUGUAGCAAAAUUAAAAUUCAUCUCUUUUAAGAAUUGCAACACACUUAUCAGAAGGACAGGGCUGGAUGUUCCUAAGCAGCUCUGAGCCUGCAAUUACAAGGUGGAAUGGUCUCCAAUUCUUGAGUCAGGCCUGUUGGGCUUUAAAAUGUUACGGAUUGCAAGCCUGAAGAAAGGUGAGAGGCCAAGUUAUGGCUGAGUUCAACUCUUUAGCAAAUUGUGUAAUCUCAUCAGUGGAGCAGUGAUCUGGUAUCUGCAACAAAAUACUAUUGCAGAUAAUGCAACAAUAUCUCCACCCAAGAUACCUUUCUUUAAUAAAAGCUAUAAAAUGUUGGUGAGUAUCAGCAAAGAUCCGAUUUCUUUGUACUCUUCAAGCACCCAUCAAAAAUGAGUACAGAUCAGUAACUUGAAUAUGUGUGCAUGUCAAAAUUUUUCUUUUAAAAAGGAAAAACAAACAUCUGGCUAUGCAAAUAUUUGUUAAUAAUCAAAGCUUUUCAGUGAUGUUCUUUAUCUUAAAAUUAAUAAAAUCGUCUCAUUAAAAUUAA